AUGAACACGAAGGGGUUAAAAAUGCCAGCAUGUAAUGUCUAUUGGCAGUUGCUUGGUGUUUGUAGCAAGACGCUGAAAGAAAGCAAUGAGUGCUGGCAAGAACUGGCCAACUGUCAAGCAAAGAUGAAAGACGAUUCCACUCCGGGAGGAGGCUAUGGUGGACAUUUUCUUCACACUGUCAACAUCUGCACACAGACAAAGAAAGGUUUUGCCAUGCCUUUGAGCCUCACCCUGCAGGAAAAUCUGCCACUUUGCUAUGUGUCUUACAUGGCCUUGCUCAGGCCAAAGUCUCCUGUCACUUUGAAUAAGUCUAGUCGAGGUUUCUUCAGUAACUUAACCUAUUUUCUGGCUGCUGGUGCUAUUAGUCUGGGAAUUGGAUUCUUCGCUUUGGCAUCUGCUUUGUGGUACCUGAUUUGCAAACGAAGAGAAAUAUUUGAAAGUUCCAAAUUUAAGGCAAUUGGUGAAAAGCUAAAGCAACGAUCAUGCAAACCAAAGCUUAAAGCUCACCCUCAGUGUGUUUUCAUUUCUCGGAACUUCCAUGCUGGCCAGUCAAAAUCACAGAUGGAGAAAACAGAAAAGGAAGAAGAAGAAAUAAGAGCUGUCAGAAGUCACUCUAAAGUUGAAGUCUGCCUCCUGGAUCCCAUCAGCCGUGAGUCCCCUGAAGUGACCUCAGUAGCAACAAAUGUCAGCAGUAUGACAACACUAACAUCAAUCUCUAGUUCUUACUGCAUCCAAAGCAUAGAGGCAGCUGACGACUGGUAUUCUGGUGAUUGUCUAGAAUCCAGGGAUCCCUCGAAGAACCCUUUACUCGGAGAGCCUCUAGCAGAGAAGGUGCUUGCAUACCUGUCAUCCAUUUCAUUGGAAGAGUGGCCUGGAAACAUGGUGGACGAGGCAUUUUGUAGAGGGGGAAAAACUGACAGCAUUAAGGAGAUGUUUGUACAAAAAGCAGAGGUUGGCAAACGCAACCUUCAAUUUGAUAUUGAGUGA